UUUUAGAUCCAAGCAGAUUACAAGUUGUGGAGAGCAUGUUAAAGUUAUUAGAAAAAUAAGCUAAUUUUUUGUUAAUAAAUACUGGAGAUCUAUCGACAUUAAUAUGAUGGAGGUAACUAAAGCUCUGUCGAAAGGUUCAAUAAAGUUUUACACUUCAAACCCAUUAAUGGAUUUUCAAAGUUCUGAAAAACGAAGAUCUCGUGACCAAAGUCGUUUGUCGGCGCAUUCCCAAGGUCAAACAAGCUCUAGAAUGAGUCGACUUGGUUCUACGGUUUCAAGUUUAGGCCAAAUGCGGAAUAUUGAAAACUGGAUAAACGAAAAAUCACUAAAAAGAAUCCAAGAGAAUCACAGCAUUGAGAGCCUUGAAUCUCGACAGUUAUACAUGACAGUCCUAAAAAACGAAGAAAAUUUUGUACAUGGCAUUGAUGAAUUUCUACAAGAAAACGAGUUGCUGAAUUUACGCAGGAGAGAACUUUUAUAUAAAGAAUGGCAUGAGAAUGUUUACGAGCCCACACGUCGUAAAAUUCAAAAUAAAAUUGAAACGGAAUACCCAAUACUUGAUGAGAAAAAACGUGAAGAAUAUGUAAAAUAUUUGAAAUAUAAGAAUAAGAAGGGCGAUGUGUUUUUAGACGUUAUGUCGAAAGAAGAAUACGAUCCAAUGUGUCUUCUACACCCUGACAGCCCGACUCUACUAAAAGUUCAAACGCCGAGACUCCAAGAUCCGUUAUUAGCUCAAGAAAGGCAAAGAAUUGAUGAAGAACGCACUAUAUCCCGCUGCGAAACUGGAGAAAUCCUCUCAGAUGAUGCUAUCAGACAUCGCUGGCUCCCUGCUCUACCACUUCGGCCACUAGGGCGCCAUGGUACAACUUGUCAAACGUGGCUUGAAAUGCCGCUGCGUCAUAUGGAAAGCCCGAUUCAUGUUCGAAGUUGCAAACGUAUGAAAAGAUUAUCAAAUGCUUCUACGAUAAAUUUCGACGAAAUCGGAAACACAAGUGACAACAGAAAACUCCUACCACUGCUAAACACAACUCCAAUCACCACAGAAAAUGUGAUCGAAAGCCCUGAAAAAUCUCCAAAGCAAGUAACAUUCACACUGCCUUCUCCAACAGAAGUUACCACCUAUGAACUAAAUAAAGACGAGAAUAGCCAAGCAGAUGAAAUACAAGAAUAAUUAGGAAAUAGAAGUUAGAAUCUACCAUCUUAGACUCGAAAUAUAUUAAUCAUGUUUCAAUAUUCCCACAACAAAUUUGGCUUGGUUUCGUAUUUGGUGACUAUAAUGCUUUAUAAAAUAUAACCAAAAAAUAUCAUUAUGUUUAAUUAAGGAUAUAUUCAGAAUUCUGAAUUGUGCGCCCUCGGUCAUUGAAUGUUUCAAUAUUCGUUAUGAACUUGGUACACAAUUGUACUGUUUUUAAAAACUUUGAUAAGAAUCUUCUACCUUAAUCUUUGGCACAUUGCAGAAUUUUGAAUGUAUACAGAAUUUCUCAUUUUAGGAAAUUGGCUUUCUUAAAGUUUUAAUAUGUUUUCAUCCAAAUUUGGUCCACAAUUGUAAUAUUUUAUAACAAAUAGUAGAUGAACAAUCUUUGGCACAUGUGUAAUUCUAAAUCACAGGCUAUUAGCUUUUUCUAAAUAUUCUUUUUUGAAUUAGUGUAAAUUUAUAAAUUUCCCAGAUAUAACUGUUUUGGAAUGUAGGUUAGUUUGGUAUUUUUUCUAUAAUUUUUGGCAAAUUAUACUCGUUAUUUGGUAUCAGUUUUAUAUUUUUCUUAUGCUCGGUAUACGAAGCUGUUUCGCUGACCAGUAAAUUGAUUCGCAUGACAAUUUAUCAAACAUUAAGUCUUGCGUCAACUACAUUACAUAUGUAUAAGUAUCUGAUAAUAUUAUUUCGAAUAUAAUUUAAAAUUAAUUAUAAGUGAAAAAAAUGCUUUGAAAUGGGCACAUGAAUGAAAAAAUAUUCUUAUAUAAAAUAACAGAAUAAACUUUGGCAUAAAGUCAUUGUAAUUUGUUGUAGAAUAGACUUACUGUAAUAUCUGCUAUCAAUAUUUAACUAUCAGAUACGGGGCAACCCUGCUCUUACAGUAUUUGAUGCUUGUAGCUGAGCGCUUAAAGAAGUUUAUCUACUUUGUUUAUUAAGCUGUUAACGCUUUUCACUUUACUCCAAACAAGCUUCUACCAAAUAUUUAAUUGUAAUUGUAUUAUGCCACUGUAUUUUUUGUUCUCGGCUUCCAUAUUGGUCACUGCUGGCCAAAGUAUGCUAAAGAAACUUACCGUAAGUCAACUUUUAUUAUAAUCUGCCAAAGUUUGUAGUUUUUGAACUAAUUUACCUACGUUGUUUAUUUUUAAUUACUUUUGAAGCAUAAAAGGCCACUAGAAGUGAUAGAGACUACACUCAUCUGGCACACUAGCCUUUCAAAGUUCAAAUGGUGUCCAGAAAAUUCUACCCAAGAAAAAUUUGAAACAAAUCUAAAAAUUGAUGUGAAGAAUCUUCAUAAUGAGGAUUGAUAUUUAGAUUAAGAUUGUUUUGGCUGUGACAUUCCAUUGUGGACUUUCCGUUGGUGUAAUUUUUGGAGUCGUUGUAUUUCUCUCGUGCUGUUGAAACAUGUUUUAAUUUUUAAUUCCAAUGGUCAAGUGCUAUUUAGUCCAGGUAUGGGCUUUGUCACUUUUUUUUCAGAUAAUCUCAUUUUGCUUGAAAAUUUUGGUCUUUCACUCUCACUGCAUUAUAUUAUAAUUAAUAUUGUUUCAUGCUUUUGUAGUUAUUCAAUUUACCAUUAGUGAAUUCAAUUCAAUUUGCCUGUUUGCUCGCAUCUAGUUUUUAAUU